GGCCCUUGCACUAUUGCUAGGGCAUCAGCGGCUGUACAUGGCGCUGGCACUUCCGGUUGCCCAGGUGUAUAAAGUAUAAGGUUUCAAACUUGCUGGCGGUGGGCCGGGGCGCUACUAAGGCUCAUUUACAGCGGGUGUCCUCAACCCACGCAGUGCCGUCCUUGUAAGCCGCGGCGCUCCUUGCCGCGCGUGCGCCGGGGCAGGACCGCACCGUGCGUCGCCAUUCGCCAGCUUAAAGCCGCCACGCCCCAUGCUCCAUGGCCCUGCGGGUGGGUGGAGCCUGCCACUGGCUGGGCGGUGUGUCGGCCGUGCCCUGCCCAGGCGGGUCUAACUGCAGGCCCGAGGCCAAGUCCAGCAGUUCAGCUGCGGUCAUAAUAUUGUGUGAAGUUGUCAUAAGGAAAGGCGAGUUCUUUGUAGCCCUGCGGGGGUGGUAAGGGCUAGGCCUUCGAGGGAGCCCAAGUACUGUCCUCCGGAUUGUGCGGUACAUGCCGGCUUGGGCGCCGCAUCUCUACAGUGCUUCCCAUAAACAUACUGGACACAAACAACACAACAGUUCUUUUUGUUUAGACUGUGCAUCUACACGAAACAGUUCGCGGCCCACUCAGGACUGCCGACGACCCUAAAUGCGGGGCGGAUUCUCCAGAGCGCGACUUAGAAUGUAAAUUUUAAAUCAU